AACCUCGUCCUCGACGCAACCGCUCGACCGAGCAGAAACACCAAAGCACCCGCAUCACAGCCAACCCUCCCACUUCAAAAACACCAAGCCAACAGAACCCGACCAACCCCUCCAAAUCGAAAUAAGAAAACAAAAAACAAAAAUGGCCGACAUGCCCCCCCCCCCAGCAAAGCGCCGCCGCGCGCUAUCCCCCCACGCCUCGCAAGCAACCCAUCUCGCAGCCCUCUUCUCCAACCCCACCCAAGAAAUCCGCCUCCCACCACCCCCCACCUCCUCAUCAUCAUCUCCCAGCGGCUCCACCCGCAAACCCCUCCCCCCCCCACCUGAAAUCGUCACGAACGUCCAAGGCUCGUCCGCCGGCGCCGGAUCGGGCGAGUUCCACGUGUACAAGGCGGCGCGGCGGCGCGAGUACGAGCGGCUGCGGCAGAUGGACGAGGACCUGGCGCGGGAGCGGGAGGUGGGCGAGUUUGAGCGGCGCAGGGCGGAGCGGGAGCGGGAGGACGAGGAGCGGACGAGGCGGAAUCGGGAGAGGAGGGAGAGGAAGAAGAAGAAGGGGGGGAAUGGUGGUGGGAAUGGGGGUGGGGAUAAGAAUGGUGGUGGUAAGAAUGGUGGUGCUAAAGGGGUGGAUGGGAGCGGGAAUGGGAAGGGUGGUUCUAAGGGGGCGGAUGGGGGUGAUAGCAAUACUGCUGGGGCUGUUGGGGCAGGGACGGGUGAGGGAAAGAAGGAUGGGGUUGUGGAUGGGGGCAAGAAGAAUGGAAAUGGGAAGACGGACGCGGAUGCGGGAGAAAAACAGGUAGCCCCUGUUGCGGCGGACGGGCCGGGGCUGGUUAUUCACGACGAUGACUGA